CGGCGGCCGCGGGCAUCCAUGCCGGCGCGCGGGGAUUAGCGAGGGGCCGGGGCCAUGGCGGACCGCAGCGCCCCGAGCUGCCACUUGCGGCUGGAGUGGGUGUACGGCUACCGGGGCCACCAGUGCCGCAACAACCUCUACUACACGGCGGCCAAGGAGAUCGUCUACUUCGUGGCGGGCGUCGGCGUCGUCUACAGCCCCCGCGAGCACCGCCAGAAAUUCUACCUGGGCCACCAGGACGACAUCAUCAGCCUUGCUUUGCAUCCUGAACGAGUGUUGGUGGCAACAGGUCAAGUUGGGAAAGAACCAUAUAUUUGCGUCUGGGACUCUUACACUGUGCAAACUGUUUCAAUACUGAAAGAUGUUCACACACAUGGUAUAGCUUGUUUGGCCUUUGAUGUAGAUGGGCAGCGUUUGGUCUCAGUUGGCUUGGAUUCAAAAAAUACAAUAUGUGUUUGGGACUGGAGAAGAGGAAAAUUGUUGUCAAUGGCUCCUGGUCAUACAGACAGGAUAUUUGAUAUUUCUUGGGAUUUAUAUCAACCAAACAAACUUGUCAGCUGUGGUGUAAAACACAUUAAGUUCUGGAGCUUGUGUGGUAAUUCAUUAACACCAAAACGUGGUGUUUUUGGCAAGACUGGUGAUCUGCAAACUAUACUGUGCCUAGCCUGUGCAAGAGACGAAGUGACAUAUUCUGGUGCACUUAAUGGAGAUAUAUAUGUAUGGAAAGGAAUCAAUCUUGUAAGGACAAUACAAGGAGCACAUGCUGCAGGAAUUUUCAGCAUGAAUGCAUGUGAAGAAGGCUUUGCCACUGGUGGCAGGGAUGGCUGUGUUCGUUUAUGGGAUUUAAAUUUUAAACCAAUUACUGUGAUUGAUCUCAGGGAAACAGACCAGGGAUAUAAAGGUCUGUCUGUAAGAAGUGUGUGCUGGAGGGGAGAUCAUAUCCUAGUUGGUACACAAGACAGUGAAAUUUUUGAAAUUGUGGUGCAUGAACGCAAUAAGCCUUUCCUGAUCAUGCAGGGGCACUGCGAAGGAGAGCUGUGGGCUCUAGCUGUCCACCCUACAAAACCUUUGGCUAUGACUGGAAGUGAUGAUCGAUCAGUCAGAAUAUGGAGCUUAAUAGACCAUGCAUUGAUUGCCCGGUGCAAUAUGGAGGAACCGAUUCGCUGUGCAGCAGUUAGUACAGAUGGAAUCCAUCUUGCACUUGGAAUGAAAGAUGGCUCUUUCACUGUACUUCGAGUCAGAGAUAUGACAGAAGUGGUUCAUAUUAAAGACAGGAAGGAAGCUAUUCAUGAAUUAAAAUAUUCACCAGAUGGUAAUUUCCUCGCUGUUGGCUCCAAUGACAGCUCUGUUGAUAUUUAUGGUGUUGUUCAGAGGUACAAAAAAGUUGGGGAAUGUGUUGGAUCCCUAAGUUUCAUCACUCACAUGGACUGGUCUGCUGACAGUAAAUACUUACAGACCAAUGAUGGCAGUGGGAAAAGACUUUUUUACAGGAUGCCAAGUGGAAAAGAAGUUACAAACAAAGAAGAAUUAAAAGGUGUCCCCUGGGCUUCAUGGACAUGUGUUUCUGGCUUAGAAGUUAAUGGAAUAUGGCCCAAGUAUUCAGAUAUCAAUGAUAUCAAUUCUGCAGAUGCAAAUUUUAUUGGGCAAGUUUUGGUUACUGCUGAUGACUAUGGAAUAGUCAAAUUAUUUCGAUACCCAUGUGUAAGAAAAGGAGCAAAGUUUAAAAAAUAUCUUGGUCAUUCAGCUCAUGUGACAAAUGUCAGGUGGUCACAUGAUCAUCAGUGGGUUGUUUCCAUUGGUGGAGCUGAUCAUUCCGUCUUUCAGUGGAAAUUUGUCCCUGAUAGGAAGUUGAAGGAUUCUCUUCACAUAGCACCACAAGAAAGUCUAGUUGAUUCUAAUAGUGACGAAUCAGAUUCAGAUCAGUCUGAUGUUCCAGAGCUGGACUCUGAAAUUGAACAAGAGACUCAGAUUACAUACCGUCGACAGGUUUACAAAGAAGAUCUACCUCAGCUUAAAGAGCAAUGCAAAGAAAAACGAAAAAGUGCAGCUUCUAAAAGAAGGGAGAGAGCUCCAGGAAACAGUAUAAGACUACACUUUGUUCAUGGUUACAGAGGUUACGACUGUCGGAGUAAUCUAUUUUAUACUCAGACUGGUGAAAUUGUAUACCAUGUUGCAGCAGUUGGUGUAGUAUACAAUCGACAGCAGAACACACAGCGCUUUUAUCUCGGUCAUGAUGAUGACAUCCUCUGCCUUUCUAUUCAUCCCUUAAAGGACUAUGUGGCAACAGGCCAGGUUGGUCGGGAUUCUGCAAUACACGUUUGGGAUACAGAGACAAUCAAACCACUGUCAGUUUUAAAGGGCUAUCACCAAUAUGGUGUUUGUGCUGUUGACUUUUCAGCUGAUGGCAAACGCUUGACUUCUGUUGGUAUAGAUGACAAUCAUACUGUUGUACUCUGGGACUGGAAGAAAGGAGAGAAGCUCUCAGCAGUAAGAGGAAGCAAAGAUAAGAUUUUUGUUGUUAAGAUGAAUCCUUAUAUGCCUGACAAACUGAUUACAGCUGGAAUUAAACACAUGAAAUUCUGGCGAAGAGCAGGGGGAGGACUGAUUGGGAAAAAAGGCUGCAUAGGUGCAAUGGGAAGAAUGGAUACAAUGAUGUGUGCAGUAUACGGCUGGACUGAAGAGAUGGCAUUCUCUGGAACUUCCACUGGGGAUGUGUGUAUCUGGAGAGAUUUGUUUCUCAUAAAAACUGUCAAAGCACAUGAUGGUCCAGUGUUCAGCAUGCAUGCAUUAGAAAAAGGAUUUGUAACUGGAGGAAAAGAUGGAGUAGUGGCUCUUUGGGAUGAUACCUUUGAACGCUGUCUCAAAACCUAUGCCAUCAAACGAGCUGCUUUGGCACCUGGCUCUAAAGGUCUCCUUUUAGAAGAUAAUCCCUCUAUACGUGCCAUAUCAUUAGGACAUGGUCAUAUUUUAGUGGGCACAAAAAAUGGUGAAAUACUAGAGGUGGAUAAAAGUGGACCAAUAACUCUGCUGGUUCAGGGUCACAUGGAGGGGGAAGUUUGGGGUCUAGCUACCCAUCCUCAUUUACCUAUUUGUGCCACUGUAAGUGAUGACAAAACCUUAAGAAUAUGGGAUUUAUCUCCUAGCCAUUGCAUGUUAGCUGUUCGCAAGUUGAAAAAGGGGGGCAGAUGUUGCUGCUUUUCUCCUGAUGGGAAGGCUUUGGCUGUAGGUCUCAAUGAUGGAAGUUUCUUGAUUGUGAACGCAGACACUUUGGAGGAUCUAGUCUCUUUCCACCAUAGGAAGGAUGUUAUUUCAGAAAUUCGAUUCUCUCCUGGGGCUGGAAAAUACUUAGCUGUGGCAUCAUGUGACAACUUUGUAGACAUCUACAAUGUAAUGAGCAGUAAGCGAGUAGGAAUCUGCAAGGGAGCAACCAGUUACAUAACACACAUGGACUGGGACAUAAGAGGGAAACUUCUACAAGUUAACACUGGUGCUAAAGAGCAAUUAUUUUUUGAAGCUCCUCGUGGGAAGAGGCAGACAAUUCCCAGUUUGGAGGUAGAAAAGAUUGGCUGGGCAUCGUGGACAAGUGUUCUGGGAUCUUGCUGUGAAGGAAUCUGGCCAAUUAUUGGAGAAGUCACGGAUGUAACUGCUUCGUGCCUCACUAGUGAUAAUAAGGUGUUAGCCACAGGCGAUGAUUUUGGGUUUGUGAAACUGUUUCGAUACCCUGCUAAAGGAAAGUUUGGAAAAUUUAAAAGGUAUGUGGCACACAGUACACAUGUAACAAAUGUUCGUUGGACUCAUGAUGACAGUUUGUUAGUCACUGUUGGAGGGGCAGACACCUCUCUAAUGCUGUGGACCUAUGAGAUGGAGGGACAUCGAGACAGCAGACAGUGUGAUAGUGAAGAGUCUGAUCUAGAUUCUGAAGAAGAUGGAGGCUAUGACAGCGACGUGACACGAGAAAAUGAAAUUAAUUACACCAUCAAAGCCUUAUCAACAAACAUCAGACCAAUGUUUGGAAUUAAGCCUCACCUGCAACAAAAGGAACCAUCAUUAGAUGAAAGACCACCAGUUAGUAGGGCACUGCCACAGCCUGAAAAACUUCAAACAAAUAACGUUGGCAAAAAAAAGAGACCUAUAGAGGACCUAGUUUUGGAGCUGGUAUUUGGCUACCGAGGCAAGGACUGCAGGAACAAUGUGCACUAUCUGAAUGACGGUGCUGAUAUAAUUUAUCAUACAGCAUCUGUUGGAAUUCUCUAUAAUGUGGCAACAGGCUCUCAGUCUUUUUACCAGGAACAUAAUGAUGAUAUUUUGUGCCUCACUGUAAAUCAGCACCCCAAAUUUAUCAACAUUGUGGCAACUGGCCAAGUAGGAGACUCAGCAGAUAUGUCAGCUACAGCUCCUUCUAUCCACGUGUGGGAUGCCAUGAGCAAACAGACAUUGUCUGUACUGAGAUGCUACCAUUCAAAGGGAGUUUGUUCAGUCAGUUUCAGUGCCACGGGCAAACUUCUUCUCUCUGUAGGGCUGGAUCCUGAACACACCAUAACCAUUUGGAAGUGGCAGGAAGGUGCCAAAAUUGCCAGCCGAGCAGGUCAUAACCAGCGUAUAUUUGUAGCAGAAUUUAGACCAGAUUCAGACACACAGUUUGUUUCAGUGGGAGUAAAGCAUGUGAGAUUCUGGACCCUUGCUGGAAGAGCUCUUCUUAGUAAAAAGGGGCUACUGAGUUCAAUAGAAGAUGCCCGGAUGCAGACUAUGCUCUCCGUAGCUUUUGGAGCUAAUAACUUGACAUUUACAGGUACCAUCAGUGGAGAUGUUUGUGUUUGGAAAGAGAAUGUAUUGGUACGAAUUGUGGCCAAAGCUCACAAUGGGCCUGUUUUCACAAUGUACACCACACUAAGAGAUGGCCUGAUCGUAACAGGAGGCAAGGAAAGACCGUCAAAGGAAGGAGGAGCAGUUAAACUAUGGGAUCAAGAGCUGAAGCGAUGUCGUGCCUUCAGACUGGAAACAGGACAGAUUACUGACUGUGUUCGCUCUGUUUGCAGAGGCAAAGGGAAAAUUCUUGUUGGGACAAGAAAUGCUGAAAUAAUUGAAGUUGGAGAGAAAAAUGCAGCAUGUAACAUUCUAAUUAAUGGUCAUAUGGAUGGUCCUAUCUGGGGACUGGCAACGCAUCCUUCAAGAGAUUUUUUCCUUUCUGCCGCAGAAGAUGGGACAGUGAGACUGUGGGAUAUUGCUGAAAAGAAGAUGCUGAACAAAGUCAGUUUGGGACAUGCAGCUCGUACAGUUUGUUACAGCCCAGAAGGUGAUAUGGUGGCUAUUGGCAUGAAAAAUGGGGAAUUUAUCAUCUUGCUUGUGACCUCAUUAAAAAUAUGGGGGAAAAAAAGAGACCGAAGAUCAGCUAUCCAAGACAUCAGGUUUAGUCCAGAUUCUCGUUAUUUAGCAGUGGGUUCUAGUGAGAAUGCAGUAGAUUUUUAUGACUUAACCUUGGGUCCCACACUAAAUCGAGUCAGCUAUUGCAAAGAUAUCCCAAGCUUUGUGAUCCAGAUGGACUUCUCUGCAGAUAGCUGCUAUCUCCAGGUUUCUACUGGGUCUUACAAAAGGCAGGUCUAUGAAGUGCCUUCAGGAAAACAGCUUACAGACCAGGCUGUGAUUGACAGAAUAACAUGGGCUACUUGGACCAGUGUUCUAGGGGAUGAAGUAGUUGGAAUCUGGUCCAGGCAUGCUGAGAAAGCUGAUGUAAAUUGUGCCUGUGUUUCUCACUCGGGAAUCAACCUUGUAACAGGCGAUGAUUUUGGCAUGGUCAAACUGUUCGACUUUCCAUGUCCUGAAAAGUUUGCAAAACACAAACGAUUUUUAGGUCACUCAGCCCAUUUGACUAAUAUUCGAUUUACAAGCGGGGAUAGAUAUGUUGUCAGUGCUGGUGGGGAUGACUGCAGCUUAUUUGUCUGGAAAUGUGUGCAUAUGCCUCAUUGAGGGAUACAUGGAGACUUUGCAAAAAGGACGCUGCAUGAAGUAAUAGGCAUGAAAGACCCAGGAUUGGAAUGCGACACUCUUAAGUGCCCUGCAUGCUUAAGAAAUGGUGCUGAUCCAAGACACAGAGUAGUCUGUCUCUGGAAGACAAAUGGUUAGAGAGUCUGUCAGAGAGAUGGACGGUUACAAAUGUGCUCCGCCCAGUAGAUUUGCUCUAGAACUGGAAAAUCCAGGUUUGUAUUCUUCUCACUGCCAGAGGUUGAAAAAAGCAGCACCUGGAUAAAAGGGUUCUUAGCUAAAGAAGUGAGUUGUGGAUCAAUGUACAGUUUCCCAAUACAGCCCUGGGUUUUAUUGAAGACAUAUUUUGGACCUAGUGCUGUACAUUGAUAUGUUUAUUUUAAGCAUGAAUGUGUUUACUUUGAGUUCUGCGAACUGAAUAUCAUUGAGAGAGAAUACUCCAUAUUUUAUUACUGAAAGAGAAACAUCUAGCAGAUCUUAAAUAAAACUACACAGUAUUUUAAUAAGCACUUAAAGUAAUAGAAUGGGAAACAUUUCUAUGAGAAAUCAAAACAUGAAGCAUUGUCAGGUGAAGAAGAAAAAAUAUUAAAGUUUGUUGCAGUAUUCUUGUAUUGAGGCCUGGGUCACGAUCAUGUCUAGUGAAUCCUGUUGGAUGUGCAUGAAUCCAUUCUUCAAGGCUAGUUUAGUGUUUUUGUUGCACUUAAACAUUAAAUUAGUUCUGUGAGCAGAAGCCAAUUUGCUCACUUUGCGAGUGCCUUGCCCACAACCUAAAAGUCUAACUCCAAUUUUUGCCUUGUGAAUAAAAGUGAACUCAGUGAAAGAGAUUACUGCUGUGUUACUUGACUGGGCUGCUAGCCUACACUGGAAAUGUUGAACAAGGUGAUGAUGAUGAUAGUAUCUGUGAUUGCUAAAGCUUGGGAUUGCCACCAGUUGCAAAAAUAGAUUUUCAUAGCAAUAGGAAUCAUUGAUUUUAUUUUCUGAGCAUCACUUGGGGAUUCAGAGAAAACAGAAUCUUUCCAAACAUUGGUAUUUUGUACAGUCUAAUUUUUUUAAGAGGAAUAACUGGCUAGAAGAGGUCUCUGUUUAGGUUUUGCUUCUGAUUGUAAUAAUAUCCCAUCAUACAUUUCUUUAAAGAAGCCAUCCAUAGUAAGGCCAUGAAUCUGCUGUAACCCUUAAGGUAUACUGAAAAUUGCAAAAUAAUGAGACUCGAGAAAGAAAAAGCCUUUAAGGAGUGUUGAAUUCCCAGACCAAGUUUCAUACAAGCUGGUAAGAUUGCUUCAACUGUUUGUCUGAAUGGGUCAUGUGGCAGAGCCAUUUGCUAAGCUAUGGCUUUGGGGUAUUAGGCCAAAUGGUUACUUUCCAUACUAUGUGAAAAGGGACAAAAGUGAGCAACUUGCCAUGUGAGCUGGCAGUGCUAUGCUUAUUAAUUAAUAGCAUUGGUUGAGGACAUAGGGCUUUCAGAGUUUCUUUGAGGACUUUCAGAGUUUCUUUAUUUGAUUCCACAAGUCAGGCAGUGAGUAGACUCCUCUUAUUCCCCUCUUCCCUUGUCUUACUCCAUGUUCAUGUUAAAAUGAAACCAGUAAACCUCAGCACCCUCUGUAAUUGUGUGUGUGUGUGGGGGGGGGGGUGGUGAUGGUGACGGGAGGAAUGGAAGAAAUGUUAUAAAUUAGGUAUGAAAGUAGAAGCAACUCAGCCAAACUUCUGUGCUCUGCCAUGUCCAGCAAUGCUUGUUGUUAAACACUGUAUAAACUAGUAACCCAACAAACAUCUUAAGAUGGCAUCAGGAUGCUUUCUCUAUCAAACUAGUUUAAGCAGAAUUUUUCCCAUGGAAAGUGCAUUAAAGCAACUCAAGCAGGAUUUACAACAUACUGCUUUAUUACUUUGACCGCUAGAGUGCAUAGCCUUACUAAGCAUGCAGUUGUGCUAUAGGACCACAGCAUUAGCUCCUGGGACCAAGGUCUGUGGCUCUGAUGAUGAUCUCACAGUAACAUUACAUUGGUAACAUCACUGACCAAGUGGAAUCCAACAUGAUCUAUAUGGCUGUGUCCUCACCCUCAUGGCAGAGUCAAGCUGUGUCUUCAUUUCCCACAUAUGCCAUCAUAUGAAAAUUAAAAGUUGGCACUUAAGUCCUACUGCACCCACCAUAGAGAAGCUGCCAGGGUGUGUAAACCUGUUCCUGGAGGUUCUUCAUGCCUGCUGUUAAAGGGGGCGGCAGCCAACACAAAGCAUCGGGGUGCCUCUGCAUGCUUUGGGUUGGAUGCAAGAUGUUCUUUUGCUGACAGAAGAAAGAAGCUCUACUGCCCAGGGAUCUGUGAGCCUAGAGGCACUCCCCCUUUCAUCAGCAGUGUGACUAGGCCUUCCCCAUGUUACUAUUUUAUCUUUGCCCUGUUCUCUUGCUGGCAGCGAAUCCAGCACUCUUUAAAUCAGCAAGUUAACCCAGAGAGCCCAUUAGAGAAAGGAAAGAACAGACCAUGCCCGCAGACCUAGGUCUGCUCUUGAAGAUUAUUUCCUUUUCUCAUUAAUUUAAAUAAAUUAGAAAAGGAAAUUCCACAUCUUGCUUAAGGGCUGGAAUUUAAAACAAAUCAUCAACUCAGGCUUAACAAUGAUCCUAUCAGAGGCAGCAGCUUGGAGCCUCGAUGAGCAAAAAAUUCUUGGCUUGACGAGGGUACUAAUUAGCCAAAAGUAGUGUAUCAUUUAGCCUUAAUCUCUCAUUUUGUUGUAGUAAAUCCUCAUAAUGCACCUUGUUUGGCUGUGGCAAAAUAGGGAAACUGGACAUUGCUUUUGGAAUUCAGGCUGUCUGGAUUGUGCAAAGUUCCCUCUUGAUGCUUGAAUGUAUGCACGCAGCACUGCUUGUUUUAGCUAAAUACAGACUUCAUUACCCUGAGUAAGCCUGGGUAGUGCAAACAAGAUCUGCACUACCAGAAAAGCUUAGACUGUCCCAGUCUAAGCAUCAGCUGCCUAAACUGAAUCUGGGUAUGGUACAGAAAUUAGAUGGGCCUUCACUUAUUCCUCACAUAACCUACCUCUUAUAUAUCUUUACCCAGAGAGUGGAGGACCUAGGUUCAAUUCCCUCUGCACCCUCCCUGUUUUUGCAGAUGUGCCAUUAUCCUGUAGAGAGUUGAGGAUUCAUUAGGUCAGAGCAAGUGUGAACAUGACUCUGAUGCAAUAGCUAAGAGGUUAGGAUGCUCACUUGGGUGUGAGAGGUCUUGAUUUCCAUUGUUUCCAGCCCCUGCUCCAAGGUCUGCUUCUCCAUUUUACAUUAAAUAGUCGCUAGACAGAGCUGUCCCCAUCUUCUUGGGCUAGUGCUCUACCACAUGGGAUAUUACACAAGAUCAGUACCAUCUUCUCCAGCCACAUUGCAAAAUAAAAGAAGCAUUAUGGCAUUCUUUGAGAGAGUAGGUUGUAGGCACUUUCCUUCAGGGGAGGAUUCUGGGGAGUUGAUUGCAAACAGAUAGAGGCAUCUUCCUGGAACCCUAAGCCAGACAGGAUUCAGACUCCACACUAUCACCAGCAAUGCCUGCUGGCUGCUGGUAGGCAGCUUCCUGUUAAAUGUGCUGCCUGUUGAAACCCAUUUGGAGGAGCCCAACUGCCUCCAUGCACCCACCUCUGAGGCAUGAUUCCAGUCUGGGACAAGAUACCAAAGUCCUUUAUUGGUUCCAGCCCUUAGAAUCUAUAACUAGUAAUCUCCCCUUGACACUGUGAAAGCAUGAGAACUCUGUUUAUUUCUUGUACUUCUCUUACACAAGAAAACUUAUGUAUUUUGGUUUCAUUUCUCAAUGCGGGAGAAGUGACAAGCCUUAAACUAGGUUGAAAAACAAUUUUUAUCCAUAAGCAAUGCUAUAGAUGAACAUCUUUGCAUCCCUAGAUACACAUCAAGACAAAUCUCCCAUUUGGAUCAUAGCUAGACACAGGAGGGACAUCAGCCCACCAACUGUUAGUGCAGACUUAGUGAAGGGGCAUUUUGAGGGGCUAGAUGCGUUCAGUUCAGUGGGCCCAUAUGAACUUCAUCCAAGGGUGCUGGAGGAAUUGGCCAGUGUUGUAGCAGAGCUGCUGGCACAGCUGUUCAAACACUUAUGGUGGUCUGGUUAGGUCACAGAGGACUGGAAAAGGGCCAGUGUGGUCUCUAUUUUCAAGAAGGGAAGGAGGGAGGAACUGGGAAACUAUAGGUCAGUUAGUCUCACCUCUAUCCUUAGGAAAACCCUGGAAAAAAUCAUUAAGGAUCACAUUUGUGGGAAACCAGCAAGGGAAAUAAUGCUCAAAGAAAAUCAGCACAGAUUCAUUGCAGGUAGAUUCUGCCUGACUAACCUUGUUUCUUUUUAUGACCAGCUAACAAAAUGCUUAGAUGCAGGAGUCAAGGUAGAUAUCUACCUAGACUUUAAGACAGCCUUCAAUAUGGUAUCGCAUUCUGUUCUCAUAAAUAAACUGACAGGAUGUGAUGUAGAUGAUUACAUGGUCAGGUGGGUGGCAAAUUGGCUUGGGGUUGCACUCAAAGAGGGAGUGGUGGACGCAGCAAUUUCAACCUGGAAAGAUGUGGGCAGUGGAGUCCUGCAAGGCCUCGUCCUUGGACUGGUGAUAUUCAGUGUCUUCAUCAGUGACUUGGACAAGGGUGUGGAGAGCACCCCGCCCAAGUUUGCAUAUGAUACCAAAUUAUGGGGCAGAGUUAACAUACCAGAGGGUAGGGAGCGGAUCCAGGUUGGAAAAAUGGGCAGAACGAAAUAGGUUGCAGUGUAACAAAGACAAGUGCAAAGUGCUGCAUCUGGGCAAAAAGAACCACCCACAUACUUACAGGCUGGGGGAUGACCUUCUCAGCAGCACAGCAGUGGAAAGGGAUCUUGGAGUCAUAGUUGACUCCAAGAUGACCAUGAGUCGUCAAUGUGACUAAGUGAUCAACAAAGUUAACUGCACUUUAUCGUGCAUUAGCAGAUGCAUGACGAGCAGGUUCAGGGAAGUGAUGCUUCCCCUCUAUGCAGCACUAGUCAGGUUGCAGUUGGAGUACUGCAUCCAGUUUUGGGUGCUGCACUUCAAGAGGGAUGUGGAGAAUCUUGAGAGGGUUCGGAGGAGGCCACUAGUAUGGUUAGAGGCCUGCAGGCAAGGCCAUACAAGGAGAGACUGAGGGACCUAAAUCUCUUCAGCUUUUGCAAGAGAAGGCUGAGAGGUUAUCUUGUGGCUGCCUAUAAAUUCAUCAGGGGAGGGCAGCAGGGAAUAGGAGAUGCUCUAUUUACUAGGGCACCCCCUGGAGUAACUAGGAACAAUGGCCACAAAUUAACGGAGAACAGAUUUUGGUUGGGCAUUAGAAGGAACUUCUUCACACUGAGGGUUACCAGAAUCUGGAAUGAGCGUUCAAGGGAGGUGGUGCUCUCCCCUUCCUUGGGGGUCUUCAAGAGGAGACUGGAGAAGCACCUAGCUGGGGUCAUCUGAACCCAGUGCUCUUUCCUGCCCAGGGCAGGGGGUCGGACUUGAUGACCUACUGAGGUCCCUUCUGACCCUAACAUCUGUGAAUCUAUGAACUUCUUGCUCGUGUUUUGGACAGCGAGUGAAUCAUACUGUGGCCUUCUUCCUGAAUGUACCAUCCCUAAGCAAAGGGAAGAAAAAUAUUGCAGGUCACACUGUGAACUGACAUAUUAGUUGUAACACUUGUGUUUUAGUGCUCCUGGCUGUGGUUCAUAUGCAUGCUCUUCUAUACCUGCAGACUCUUUAUUUCUCUUUGCAUCUUGUUUUCCCCCAAUGGCUGUGAUACCAUCUGAUUUUUUUUUUUCUCGCAUGAAUAGAUGGAAGCAUGCCAAAGUCUGCUUUGCACUCUGUACCAGUCUCUGUGGUACAGUCAGACCAAAUCCCUUUCUUGCUUUUGGUUUCCUUGUACUUCUAGUCUCUUAACAAACUGGUCUUGAAACAUACUCUGAAUGCCCAAUUAUUUAGGAAAAAGAAAACAAUGUAUAUAUAAUGUGGAGUGUGACUGUAGUGGAUAUGAUUGCCCAAAUCAUUCAUAAACAACUGAGUGAAAUCGCAGCAGUUGACUUUUUUUUGUCUUGUUCACAUUGAAUUAUUCAAAAAUUGCGUUUUUAGAAACUGAGUUAUUUAUAAAUGUAUGAUUGAAACAGGCCCCUCCCACCACAAGAGUGUAGAUUAUAAUUCUCAUCUACGUGUAUCAUCUAGGUUAAAACCACUAAUCAGGAUUGGGGCCCACUUAGUUGGGUGGGUGGCAACUUAAAAAUAUCCAGGAAGACAGAGUCAUCCUUCCCCUAUAAUCUAUGAAGAUAGAGGUUGGGGGAAGGAGUAUACCCAUAGCAUUGUCAUUAUUUUCAUUUUUUUAAAUUGAGAGGAUGAGAAAAUAGGAACAAGGAAAGUAUAUAGAGAGAAAAAACAGGGUAAAGGUUGGAGAGUGAGGUUGGCAGUAGUGAGGAGGGCUGUAACUGAGGGUGCAAGAUGAAAGAAUGAGUCAACCUACCACUACACCCUACUGCUAUCCUUAGGGUCUACUGGCUGUGUAAGGCUGGUAGGGAGGAGGGGGCAGGACUUGGUGUCACCUGAGGGGUAGUUUGAGACUCUCUAAUAGAAGACAACAGGGCAUACCCCAUGCCUUCAUUCCUGGGAAGUUGCAGCUGCUCCUGAAAGGUAACUUGUGUCCUAAUCUGUUGUUUUGCCACUCACAUCCCACGUGGCUGUGAGAGAAGUGGACUUCUGGAGCGAGGAAAACCUCCCAGAGCAAGGCACGGUGGGGAUUGGGACUAACCCCCAGAGCAUUGGGAAAACCCUUCCCCAGCUCACAGCAUGGACUGGGGGUAUCUUUUCUCUCCCCAAAGUAAGCAAAGGGCAAAGUGAGGGGGGAAUUGCAUGGAGCCAGGCACACAGGAGGAAUUCCCUUGCUCACCUGUGCUUUGCUUGGUGUAAGGAGAGGGAGGCAACACCCCACCCCAGGUCCUGCUCUGCACUGAGAAGGGCUUUUCCUGUGUGCCUGGCUCUGUUCUGGUGGUAACUGUCCCCACCCUGUGCUUUGCUCAGUGCAUGGAAAGGGAGGGACUCCGUCCUUGCUGUGCACAGGGCAGGGGUUUCCCCAGGCACUUGGCUCCCUACUGAGGGAGUAAUCUCCACACCCUUCCCUCCCUUCCACACACACUGUGCUUUGCUCCUCAUGGAGGGAUUUUCUUUGUGUGCCACUUGCUUGGCUCAGAGGAAGGAUUUUUGCACCACCCUGGACUUUGCCCAGCAUGGGGAAAGGGACUUGUCAGGCUGCCUGGCUCUCUGGUGGAGAAAUUUGCACCAUGUGUCUGGCUCUGCUCUUGAGGACGCUAUGUGCUCUGUGUGGCAGGCCAGUAGGGGGCGCUCCUGCAUUGACCCACCUCACUGCGCCCGACCACCUUCCAGGCUCCGAGUGCCUCCCUUGGGGGCCUCACAUCUGACCAACCCCCUUCCUGGAGCACACCUGCUAGCCUGGGGGAUCCACUGCCACCACCCAGGGCUCUGGACUGAUUUUGGCUCUGUGCACCCUGGGUAACACAGGCCUAGUAGCCCUCAAGGGUACUUGAUUCACUUCAAGAAGUUCGGAAGCUUUCCUCAGUCAGAAGGACAAGUAGCGGUCUCCCUUAGUCAGCCAAACCAAGGUGACCCCCAGGCAUAAUCUAGACCCACUCCCAAUAAGUCUUCCACACUAGGUACAAAGAACUUUAUUAGUUACGGAGGGUAGGGUUAGAAUAGGGUACAGGGUAGAGAAAUCCUAUAGAUCAAACUCCCCUGGUUGAGUAGCCUUUGAUCACGCAUCUGAGUUACUGCAAGCUAAAUAUCUAGUUAGAUCUCAGGUAGCUUACAAGUAUCAUCCAGAAGCAGUUGGAGAUUCCCUCUGGAGGCAGGCAGUUCCUUGAUCAUGAGUUUUGAGAGAGAGAGCAAGUUUCAGAUGGUCCAGCUCUUCUCCCUCUCUGAGUCUUCCUCAUGGCUGCUGCCCCCUCCUCCUGGGCAGUCCUUAACUUAUGUAACCCUUAUGACCUCAUUUACCUGAUCCAAUGGAGACCAGCACCUGUUGGCUGCCAGCCAACCAAUUUGAAAUACAUCACUAGUUGCUGGGCAGACUGGCAGUUCCUAGCUCCCCAGGGAGCAAGCCCCUCACCCAGGUAUGUGAUGCCAGCCAUGUAGGCAGAGGUAGCAGGUUUCCCCCCUCCCUCAGGAAUGUCUCCAGCUCAGGUUACCUAAAGAGAUAGGGUAAGGUGUGUAUCCUCUGCUGGGCCCAUCCUAACCAAAUUGUCACAGAGUUUUUGGGGAGAAACAGAGGUGGCCUUCUGCCACACUCUUUGCCCAGAGCUAAGAGGCCUCCUUGACUCAGAGAAGGGAUUACCCGCUCUUUACCCAGUACCAAGGGGCAAGACGGGGAUUCCCCUUCCUCCUCACCGCUUUUGCCCAGCUCUGUCCUAGGGGGCUAGAGUAGAGGGACGUUAACUACUGGAGUCCUGUAACUCCGAGCUGUGCUGCUGACCAGCUCUUCAGCAGCACAAGCUGAUGUGCCACUUCCUUCUCCUUGACAACAUGCCCUUUUGCCCGUAUAGCUGUGCACAUGGCAUGAUAUUUUCAUGGCAUAGGAAAAAACAUAACGUGAUUGACAUGAUUUCUACCAGGGCCCUGAGUAAUUGUUUUUGUUGGUGACUGAAGACAGGCAUCCUUUAUGCUGUAAUAAACUGAAUAACACUAAUGAGGACUUGCUGUAACUACAGGUUUCCCUCGAUUUAUGCAGAUGCAUUCCCAGGAAACAGCACACAAAUUGAAUUUGCAUAAAGCGAACCCAGUUUACAAUGAAACAGACAGGGAUGUGUUCCCACGGCGGUGAGGGAGGGAGUGAGGCUGGAGCUAGGGAAGGGGCGGGGAGAGGAGCACAGCCCAGUGGCUGCAAGCAGGCGGCAUCUGCCGCUCCCAGGGCUGCAGCAUGGGUGGCACCGGGCUCUUCAUGGCACUCGGGGUGGGUGGCAGCCCCGGGAGUGACUGACGCCAGCAGCCUGCAGCUGCUGGGCUGCACUGUGCCCGAAACUCCACUGUGUGGCACAGCCCAACACCUGCAAGCAGGCAGCAUCCCCCACUCCCA